AUGGCGGACUUGGCGCUCUGUGGCUUAAGGUGGGCAGCAUCGCCAAUCAUCAACAAGCUCCUAGCUGAUGCUACAGCUUACCUCAGCGUGAACAUGGUGCGUGAGCUCCAAAAACUAGAAGCCAUCGUCCUGCCACAGUUUGACCUGGUGAUUCAAGCGGCAGAGAAGAGCUCCCACAGGGUCAAGCUCAAGGAGUGGCUCCGGCGGCUCAAAGAAGCCUUCUAUGAUGCUGAGGACAACCUCCUCAAGCGCAAGGCAAAGAGUGGGAAGGAUCCCUUGGUAAGGGAGGAUGAAGCUUCCUCCAUUGCAUCGACCAUCAUGAAGCCACUUCGUGCUGCUAAGAGUAGGGCACGCAACUUGCUCCCUCAGAACAGAAAGCUAAUUAACAAGAUGAAAGAGCUCAAGGACAUCCUGGUUCAAGCCAAGGAGCUUCGGGAUCUUCUUGGCUUACCACAUGGCAAUACCGUCGAGUGGACACCAGCUGUACCAGCAACCGUUGUUCCUACAACCACAUCACUUCCCACUUCAAAGGUUUUCGGUCGUGACAGGGAUCGUGAUCGUAUAGUGGAUUUUCUUCUCGGCAAGACGGCAACUGAAGAGGCAAGUUCAGCGAGUUUAUUUCCAAAAGGUUAUAGAUAUGAACCUAAUCAGUUGGUUCACUUUUGGGUUGCAGAAGGGUUUGUUGAUUCGUGCAAUUUGAGUAGUAGGACAGUGGAAGAUGUUGGGUGGGAUUACUUCAACGAUAUGGUCUCUGGAUCUUUCUUCCAAUUGGUUUCUGAAAGGUAUGGUUCGUACUAUGAUUCGUACUAUGUCAUGCAUGAUAUCCUUCAUGAUUUGGCAGAGUCACUCUCUAGAGAAGACUGCUUCAGAUUGGAAGAUGAUAAUGUGACAGAAAUACCAUGCACUGUUCAACAUCUAUCUGUUCAUGUUGAGAGUAUGCAAAAGCAUAAGCAAAUUAUCUACAAGCUACAUCAUUUACACACUAUUAUCUGCAUCGAUCCACUAAUGGAUGAUGCAAGUGAUCUUUUUGACCACAUGCUACGGAACCAAAGAAAACUGCGUGUAUUGUAUUUGUCAUUUUACAACAGCCUGGCAUCAAAACUUGCAUCGAUGUGGGAGGUGGAUUCAGGAUCACAUAUUAGGAGAGUGCUAUCAAGGGACUGUUCAUCUCUGAAGCAGUUUAUGAAACUAAUGGAUGAUGAUAUAUCACAACAUCUUCAAAUUGUUGGAAGUGCUCUGGAGGAAGGAGAUAUAACAUCGGUGAAAGAAAAUCUCAUCAAGGCAUGGGUUUUUUGCCAUGAGCAGAGGAUAAGAGUCAUUUAUGGAAGGACAAUGGAGAUGCCACUGGUUCUACCAUCAGGACUCUGUGAACUUUCUCUUUCUUCAUGCAGUAUUACAGAUGAAGCUUUAGCUAUUUGCCUUGAUGGCCUCAUUUCACUGGAAACUUUAGAAUUAAAAUAUAAUAUGGCAUUGACUGCACUUCCAUCAGAAGAGGUGUUUGAGCAUUUGACAAAGUUUGAAUUGUUGAUUGUAAGAGGUUGUUGGUGUCUCAAAUCACUGGGGGGCUUACGUGCUGCUCCAUCUCUUUCCAUUCUUCACUGUAGGGAUUGUCCUUCUUUAGAGCUAACACGUGGAGCAGAACUAAUGCCGUUGAACCUUGCUAGGCACCUCAGCAUCAAUGGCUCCAUUCUUGUAGCUGAUUCAUUCAUUAAUGGCUUGCCACACCUGAAAUCUCUUGGCAUUAGUGACUGCAGAAGCUCCCCAUCCUUAUCGAUUGCCCACCUUACCUCUCUUGAAACAUUAUACCUAUGGGGUCUCCCUGAUCUUUGCAUCGUUGAAGGCUUGUUUUCCCUGCACCUUAAUUACUUAAGUCUAAUAGAUGUUCCAAACCUCAGUGCCAAGUGCAUCUCACAGUUUCGUGUCCAGGAAUCACUCACCAUUAGUAGCUCCGUAUUGCUCAACCACAUGCUCAGGUCCGAAGGGUUUACAGUCCCGCCGAAUCUUGAUCUUUUAGAUUGCAAGGAGCCGUCGGCUUCAUUUGAAGAGCCUGCAAAUCUAUCAUCUGUCAAGUGCCUGUAUUUUUUUGAGUUGCGAAACGGAGUCCCUGCCAAGAAAUCUAAAAUUUCUCUCAAGUCUGGAGAGUCUUUCUAUCCGCAAUUGCCCCAACAUAGCAUCUUUACCAGAUCUGCCGUCCUCCCUCCAGCGCAUAACUAUAUGGCAUUGCCCCCUCUUGAAGAAAAACUGCCAAGAACCUGA